UUGAGCAUCAACAAUGGCGUCGAAGCAGCAGAAGGCUCACUGCCUACUUGUGUGCUAUCCUGCACAAGGCCAUAUCAACCCAAUGCUUCAAUUCUGCAAGAGAUUGGAGUACCACAAAGUGAAGGUCACUUUCGUCACCACUCGUUCUUUCUGGAAACAAGCCUCUGUUACUGAACCCACCAUCUCUGAUUCCAUAGUUCUUGAGACCAUCUCUGAUGGCUACGACGAAGGAGCCGAUCACCAGGUUAUGAAGUCAAAGGCUUAUCAAGAACGCUUCAGGCAAGUAGGACCAAUCACUCUAUCUGAGCUUCUUCACAAGCUCUUGGACAGUAAUUUGCCUGUGGAUUGUGUUAUUUAUAACAGCUUCCUUCCUUGGGUUCUUGAUGUGGCUAAGAAGUUUGGCCUUCUUGCUGCUUCGUUUUUUACCCAACCUUGUUUUGUUAAAACCAUUUACUUCCAUCUUCAUCAAGGGAUUCUGAAACUUCCCAUUGAUGAUAAUAAGGAGAGUAAGAUUUUGCUUCCUGGAUUACCAGAACUUGAGCCUUCGGAUCUGCCAUCCUUCUUGUUUCUGCAAUAUGGGAUGUACCCGUUCUUCUGGGACGUACUGGUUGAUCCUUUUAACAAUAUUGGAAAAGCUGAUUGCUUGCUUGCAAACACUGUUUACGAACUGGAGCCCGAGGCCGUUGAUUUGAUGAGGAGGAUGUGGCCAGUGAAGACAAUAGGACCAACAGUGCCAUCCAUGUUCUUGGACAAGAAGAUCCAAGACGACCAGGACUAUGGUAUCAGCAUGUUCAAGCCCGACACUGAUCUUUGCAUGAACUGGCUUCAUCAUAAACCUAAAGCAUCAGUAAUUUAUGUCUCCUUCGGAAGUUUAGCAAAUCUUAGUAAGGAUCAGAUGGAGGAAAUAGCUUGGGGUUUGAUACAAACUGAGAAUUAUUUCUUGUGGGUUGUUAGGGAAUCUGAACAAGUCAAGCUCCCAAACAACAUACGAGAAAUAGUUUCUGCAGAUAAGGGUCUGAUAUUGACAUGGUGUCCUCAACUAAAAGUACUGUCACAUGAAGCUGUCGGAUGCUUUGUUACCCACUGUGGGUGGAAUUCUACCUUAGAAGCUCUGAGCUCGGGAGUUCCUAUGAUCGGAUUCCCGCAAUGGACUGAUCAAACCACGAAUUUGAAGUAUAUUGUGGAUGUUUGGAAAGUGGGAAUCAGAGCUCUCGUGGAUGAGAAAGGAAUUCUUAGACGAGAAACGGUGAAAAACUGCAUAAAGGAAGUAAUGGGAAGUGAAAAAGGGAAAGAGAUGAAGAAUAAUGCCAUCAAAUGGAUGAGCGUGGUCAAGAGUUCAAUGGAGGAAGGGGGAAGUUCAGAUAAAAAUAUUGAAGAAUUCAUCACUAUGAUUUCUGAAAGACCUGAGGGAGCAUAUGAUGUGCUUAGAGAAAAUACGAGAAAUGACAUUUAGGCCCCGAAAGU